UAGUAUUAACAUUGUUAACAGUGAAAAUAGUGUGAAAAAUAGUUUUUUAAAUUUAUUUGUGUUAUUUUUAUCUUAAACCGUCAAGUUCUUGUGUAAUUCGGGUAAUAAUUGCUUUUUCGGCAAAAGCGACAGUGGUGACAGUGUUCCGCAAAAAGUGAGGUUAUGUUUUGAUAGUCAUCAUCAUGACAGACUGGUUCGUUGCGAAAAUAAAUUGUUUAAUUAAAUUAAACAAUGUGGAGGAGAAAAAGGAAUUAUUGGCUGAAAUAAAAAUAAAGUUACUGGGAUUAACCAACAAUGAUUUGGAAUCUGUUUCACGAAAUUUGGAUCUUGGGAAAGUUUUCUCUCAGUUAACCUUUCAGGACAGAGAAUUUCUCGAGAUGCUGUGCGAGGUUUUAAAAAUAAUAAUAACAAAACUGGAUAUUGGCAGUGUUCAUCAACGCUAUCGAAGAGAGAUGUUUCAAUUGAUGUCGCACUCGAAUGGCUCGGUGAAAAAUCUUAUUCUCGACGAAUUAUUACGAACCGCUUCUAAUUCUUCAGCAUUACAACAAUUACUCGUCGAUAAUGAAUUACUCGUUGCCGUAACGGAGAAAGUUGCCGACGAUGAUUUAUCAGUGGCACAAAAUGCGAUGACAAUAUUGAAAAAAAUUGGUGAAACUGCCGAUGGUUUGAAAGUUCUCUAUUCCAACAUUCUCCUGCGAACAAUUGCAAAACUUUUGACAAAAAAUGAUAUCAUCACAUUUCGAGUUUACGAGAUUGUCGUCGAUAUUGCGAAGAAAUCGAAAAUUGGCCUCGAAGCAUCAAUACAAUCGGGUUUCCUUCAAAGUUUAAUAAGAGUCCUGGACAAUGACGACGAACUCAUUCAACUCAAUGCCCUGGAGGCAAUGACUGAUUUAGCAUUAAAUGAAGAUGGUCUCAAAUUUCUCGAGGAGCAGGAAAUCCUCGCGAAACUCGCUUCAAAAAUAGCGCACUCCAAUGAAACGCCACUUUCAAAUUUAUUCAUUCCUGGUCUAAUGAAAUUUUUCGGUCAUGUCUCACGUUUUCGUCCCAAUGAAAUAUUCUCGAAAUAUCCAAUUGUUAUCACUGCACUUUUCGAUGUUAUUGAAAAUGGCGACGAGAGUAUUUUAGCAGCUGCACUCGAUACUCUGGGACAUAUUUCAACGACAAUUGAGGGUAAAUACGCAUUACAAGAUCUUGGCGAUAGUAUGACGAGGGCUUUGAAAAAAAUUGCGGAAAUAAUUAAAAAAAUGCCCACGUACUUUAGAUUACGUGCGUUAAAUAAUCUCGAGAUUAUUUUGUCGGUGAAGAAAUCGGAGCAGGACAAUAGAAUAUGUUCAUUGACGAAAUCGUGGUUCGAUUCACUCGAUGAGGAACCAUUGAAAUUGCUGACUGAACUUUGUAAGCAACCAUUCGCCGAUAUACGACAAGCGAGUUUGCAAAUUCUCAGCGUUGUCGCGUCACAAGUUUGGGGUCAGGAAUAUAUUGCGUCACAUCCGGGCUUAGUCGAAUUUUUACUCGAUAGAAAUAUUGAGAGUUUCAAGGAGUGUAAGGAGGCUAAAUUUGAAAUUGUUAAAAAUCUCUCGAAAUCUGUUGACAAUAUUUUCGAUGCAAAUACUAUGCAAAAAUUUAAUCAUUACGUUAAUAAUGGUCCGUUCUACGUUGAAACUUACACGGAAGUUGCUAUUGAAGGCGCUUCAUAAUUUUCUUUUGUCAAAAAAUUAAAAUUUCCUUAUAGAAGAAUAAAUAAAAUAUAAAAAAAAUAUUUUAAAAAAAUAAAAAAAAAUAUAAAAAUAUAAAUAAAAUAUUUUUCAAUAUUUUACGAAUAAAAUUUUUUUUUCAAAGAAAUAUAAAUAGUUUUUAUAUUGUAAAAGCGUUGAAAGCGAAAAAAAAGAGAAAAUGAACUUUGAAAAGUUCCAUUCAUUGUUAAUUGAAUUUAAUAUUUGUACGAAAUUUAAUACAAAUUACGAUUACUAUAAGAGAAAUAAUUUAUUUUUCUUAAAUCUAAUACAGUAUAUAUAAAAUUGAAAAAAGAAUUUUUCUACAGACAAAGCUUAUAAAUAAAUACACGAAAUUCGAAACUUUCGUUGUGACUUAUUUGCAAUAUUUGAUAUAAUUGAGUCGUUAUAACUUAUUAACUACAGCGUGGAAUAAAAAAAAAUUGAGCUUUUUUUUCUCUCCACUGUUUGGUGAAUAUUAAGAAAUAGUAUUUUUUUUUUUACCUAAACAAUCACUUUACAAAGUCUUGAUUGAUAAUUACAAUAUGUUUGUAUAUACAGGGUGAACUCGGUACAAUUUACAUUUUGAUAAAAUUUUGCAGCAAUUCCGAAUAAAAAGAAUCUUUUUGUGAAUAAUUAUUUUUUCUUACGUUCGAACUAAGCAUAGGCGUAAGAAUAUCGUGAGAAUUGUUUAAUGUUUCCUUAAUGAAACAAUUUUUUAAAUUAAUUAUCAGGCAUCACAGUUGGUCCCCUUUUGUCCCCUUAUUUCAAUUUUAUCACCUUUUUUUUGACGAUUUGUCACCUUUUUUCCUUUUUUGCUGAUUUCUUC